AUGUCCUCUAACAAUGCUGUGGUGCCUGAGUUGCCCAAGUCCUUGAAGCGCAAGGCUGAGGACGAUUUGCCUGUCCGUCACAAGAAGAAGGCGAAGGUAGCCCUGUCGGCCAAGCAGCUAAGGCGUCAGCGGCGCAGGACACACCCAGCUGCAAGGCCUAACAUGGUCCUGUGUGCGGUUCCAAUCCAUGUCAUUGGGCAUCGUUGGAGGUGGUUGGAGCCUGGUGUCCAGCCACUGCCCACGCUCGAAUGGGUCCUUGGACAGAAAGAACACUGGUUUUCAAUUCCUGCACCAUAUUUGGCCACGGUCUCGCUCGACAUAGGCGCAACAUGA